CGCCCAGAGAAUUCAAUUCACUGAUUUUCUUAAUCAACCAAAUUCAAUGGAAACCCUCAAUUUUCCCACCAUUUCGAAACCCCCGUUGAAUUCCAGAGCUUCGUCCAUGGCCAUGGAAGCGCGUCAUCUCACCGCCUUACUGAAACUCCCACAGAACAUCAGAACCAGGAAAUUGAAGCUCAAACUCAAAUUAAAUCUCCCCUACCCCAAAAAACCGGCACCGCCGAUCCACCUCCUCCGUACGGUUUCCCGUUUACCCGUCGUCAAAUCUUCGGCCCAUUCGCACCACCACGACCACAGCCACGCCGACCACGACCACGAUCACGGCGCCGACGACCACCGCGACCAUGAUCGGAACCACCAUCACCAUACGGUACAUCAGGAGAACCAGCAUCAGCACCAACAUCAUAAUCAUGGCCAUUGUCAUUGUCAUGAUGGCGGCGGUGCUCCGUUGACGAAACCCCAGGAGAGUUUCCUUCGUUUUGCGGAGCGUAUCAAGUGGGCUGAUCUGGCGAACUUCUUGAGGGAGCAUCUCGAGCUCUGCUGCUGCGCGGCGGCUCUCUUUUUGGCUGCCGCCGCUUGCCCUUAUUUGCUUCCCAAGCCCGCCGUCAAGCCUCUCCAGACAGCCUUCAGUCUCGUUGCCUUCCCUCUCGUUGGCGUUUCUGCAUCGUUUGAUGCUGCAAUGGAUAUUGUGGGUGGGAAAAUCAACAUUCACGUGCUGAUGGCUUUGGCUGCAUUUGCAUCGGUGUUUAUGGGGAACCCAUUGGAAGGCGGUUUGCUAUUGGCCAUGUUUAACUUGGCUCAUAUUGCAGAGGAGUAUUUUACGAGCAGGUCUAAGAUUGACGUCAAGGAAUUGAAAGAGAACCAUCCUGAAUUUGCGUAUGAGUUGGAUGUCCAGAAUGGGAAUUUUCAGAGUUUUUCGGAUUUGAUGUACCACAAAGUUCCUGUGAAUGAUUUGGAAGUCGGAUCGUAUCUCUUGGUCAAAGCUGGUGAGUCGGUGCCAGUGGACUGUGAAGUGUUGCAAGGUAGAUCCACUAUUACCAUUGAGCACUUAACUGGGGAAGUCAAACCAGUAGAAAAGGAUGUUGGAGACAGCAUUCCAGGUGGCGCUCGGAACCUGGAUGGUAUGAUGAUUGUUAAGGCAAAAAAGACAUGGAAAGAAUCAAUGCUGAGUAGAAUUGUGCAAUUGACUGAAGAAGCUCAACAGAGUAAACCAAAGCUUCAAAGAUGGCUCGAUAAGUUUGGCGAGCAGUAUAGCAAAGCCGUUAUAGUGUUAUCUGCUGCCAUCGCAUUGAUGGGGCCAGUUCUCUUUAAGUGGCCUUUUCUCAGUACAUCAGUUUGCAGAGGAUCACUUUACAGGGCAUUGGGGCUUAUGGUAGCGGCAUCACCGUGUGCACUAGCUGUGGCACCAUUGGUGUAUGCAACUGCAAUUAGUGCUUGUGCGAGAAAGGGAAUCUUGCUUAAGGGGGGACAUGUCCUAGAUGCUUUAGCUUCAUGCCAAAAUAUUGCAUUUGAUAAAACAGGCACAUUGACAACUGGGGAAUUCAUGUGCAAAGCAAUUGAACCAAUACAUGGACAUGUUAGCAACAAUGAGAAAGAAACUACUUGUUGUGUACGGAGCUGUGAGAAAGAAGCUCUCGCUGUCGCAGCUGCUAUGGAGAAGGGAACUACUCACCCUAUUGGAAGAGCCGUUGUGGAUCAUAGCAUUGGAAAGGAUCUGCCUCCUGUUUCUGUUGAAAGUUUUGAGAAUCUACCUGGAAGGGGUCUUUUGGCGACAAUAUCUAGUAUCGAGCCAGCGUUUGGAGGCGGUAAACCACUAAAAGCUUCGAUUGGCUCUGUAGAGUACAUCACUUCUCUUUUUACAUCAGAUGCUGAAUCGAAGAAAAUCAAAGAGGCGUUUAGCACUUCUUCUUAUGGAGAUUACUUUGUUCGUGCUGCUCUUUCAGUAAACAAUGAGAAGGUGACAUUGUUUCAUCUUGAAGAUAAGCCCAGAGCUGAUUCUUUGGACGUGAUAAAGUCAUUGCAAAACGAAGCAAACCUCCGUGUUAUGAUGUUAACUGGCGACCAUGAGUUGAGUGCACAGAGAGUAGCAAAUGCUGUGGGCAUCAAAGAAGUUCACUGCAGCCUCAAACCAGAGGACAAACUCUUUCAUGUCACCCGUAUUUCUCGAGAUACAGGUGGAGGGCUAAUAAUGGUGGGUGAUGGUAUAAACGAUGCACCCGCAUUGGCUGCAGCUACCGUGGGCAUUGUUCUAGCGGAUCGUGCAAGUGCAACCGCAAUAGCUGUGGCUGAUAUUCUUUUGCUGCAAGACAAUAUUUCAGGGGUCCCUUUCUCUGUUGCUAAAUCUCGACAGACCACUUCUUUGGUUAAGCAAAAUGUAGCACUUGCAUUAGGUAGCAUUUUCUUGGCCUCUCUUACAUCUGUGUUGGGGGUGUUGCCACUUUGGCUAACAGUCCUUCUUCACGAAGGUGGGACCCUUCUGGUGUGCUUAAACUCCAUCCGGGCUCUAAAUAGCCCGACGUGGUCUUGGAGGAGCGAUCUUGUGCAACUCAUACACAGAUUAAAAUCAUUCGUUACAGGUGGCAAUUACCAAGCUGUACCUUUGUGAUUAUACGGGGUUUCGAUUCGUUGUUAUUACGUGUGGUGGUGUUGGGGUACAGAGAAAUCAACCCUUCUGCAACUGUGAAUAGAUUAGAACGAUGAAUACGGUAGGCUAACUUAAACUGCUGGCAUUUACGUGAUCGAGUAUUCGAAAUGACGACAUUGAUCAUGUCUCAUUGUAAUGCAGUGGAACCUUAAAAAAUACUGUUUGUUAUAUUAUGUUCUGUAAUCUGUUUGUAUGAAUUUAUUUUGUAAUUAAUUUAUUUUAUUUUAUUUUA